CCAUGAAUCGCAGACGAAGGAAAGCAUGGUGACUGCUGCAUGAAUUGGACAUAAAUAUGGUGUUCGAGUCUGUGGUGGUCGAUGUCUUAAACAGGUUUCUGGGUGAUUACGUGGUGAACCUCGACAGCUCGCAGCUCAGUCUCGGCAUAUGGGGAGGUGAUGCAAUAUUGAGAAACCUUGAAAUAAAAGAAAAUGCCUUGAGUCAGCUGGACAUUCCUUUCAAAGUCAGGGCAGGACACAUAGGUUGUUUGGAAUUGAAAAUCCCUUGGAAGAAUUUGUAUGCUCAGUCUGUAGAGGCCACACUGGAUGAAGUCUAUCUGCUCAUCGUACCUACUGCUAGUAUAAAGUAUGACGCUGAGAAGGAGGAUAGACAGCUACAGGAAGCUCGACAGAGAGAGCUGCAAAGAAUUGAGGAGACCAAACAGAAAGCAGCUGAAAAAGAGAAUCCAAAGGCAGAGAAGCAGGAUACAUUUGUGGAGAAACUGGUCACACAGGUGAUCAAAAACCUGCAAGUGAAAAUCUCCAACAUACAUGUCCGCUAUGAGGAUGAUGUCACCAAUCCAAACGCUCCACUCUCAUUCGGUGUGUCCCUACACAACCUCAGUCUACAGACAGCUGAUCAGAAUUGGAACCCUUGUCUUCUGGACGAGAAAGCCAAGUUGUUUUUUAAGCUUGUACGUCUGGACAAUCUGUUUGCAUACUGGAAUGUGAAUUCAGAACUUUACUCCAACCACAGCCCUGAUGAGGCCUUGCGAUGCCUGAAACACAGUUUAGAUGUCAAGAAUUCAAUCCCUCAGGAUUAUAAUUUCAUCUUUCGUCCGAUAUCAGCAAAUGCCAAGCUGCGUAUGAAUCCUCGCUCAGAGGUGGAUUUCUCUUCGCCGAAAGUUGAUCUAGUGGUCAACCUUCCUGAGGUGGCUGUUGAACUUAGCAGACCACAGUACAUCAGCAUUCUGGAGCUUUUGGGUUCAGUGGAUAUGAUGACCCGUAACCUUCCAUACAGAAAGUAUCAUCCCUAUGUGCCAGUUCACACUAAUGCUCAUCGAUGGUGGCAAUAUGUGAUCACGGGCGUUUUGGAGGUAAAUAUCAAGCCCAGCCUACACAUGUGGUCAUGGGAACACAUCCGUCGUCAUCGGCAACAUGUAAAGAAGUACAGAGAGCUCUAUAAGAACAAGAUUACCACCAAGAAACCUGGAGAGGGGCUGCUGAAGGAACUUGAGGAAACUGAAAAAACUCUGGAUAUAUUCAACAUCACAAUGGCAAGGCAGCAAGCUGAGAUGGAGGCCUCAAAGGCAGGGCUGCGGAUAUGCCGUCCUGGGGUGAAGGUGGAGGAAGAGCAGUCACAGGGCUGGUUCGGCUGGAUGUGGAACUGGUCUGGAGAUAGCGGUACACAAACCAAAGACGUCAAAACAGGAGGUUUUGAUGAGCUGAUGACUCCUGCAGAGAAAGCCAAACUAUAUGCCGCCAUUGGAUACAGUGAGACAGCCGUCAAUCCUAACCUGCCAAAACAUUUUGAAAGUAUGAAGAUAAAUUUCCAGCUGCACAGUCUGUCUCUGUCAAUCAAAGAGAGCCGAGAGAAGCCAGGGAUCAUCAAACUGUCCAUCAUUGAUCUGAAAGCCAUGUUGGCACAAAGACCUGCAGCUCAGGCCAUAAAGAUCUCUGCCCAGCUGUCAUCGUUUGAAGUAUCGGGUCUCCCACGUGGCCUGACGCCCUCCAUCCUGUUGUCACCACGUCACAUGGUGGAGGCGAAGGAUAAGACUCUUCUGAACCUGAUGUUUGAGACCAACCCACUGGACAAGCGUGUAGACCAGAGACUGCACAUAGAUUCCCUGCCGCUGGAGAUCAUCUAUGAUGCUAUGACAGUGAACAGUAUGUCAGCGUUCUUCAUGCCGCCUAAAGACCUGCAACUGGAUGAACUUACUAACGCCACCCUCAUGAAGCUGGAACACUUCAGAGACAAGACCUCCACAGGCCUCAUGUACAUCAUUGAGACUCAAAAGGUUCUUGAUCUGAAGAUAAACCUAAUGGCUUCAUAUGUCAUCGUACCAGAAAACGGCUUUUACGACCCCAAACACAACCUUGCCAUUCUGGAUUUGGGUCAUUUCCAGAUGUCCAGUCAGAGCAGAGCUGGACUGCCUCAGCUGUCUGCGGGCAGCAGCACUAUAGAGGACAUCAUGUCUCGAGCUUACGACAGCUUUGAUGUCCAGCUGAGCAGCUUACAGUUCCUCUACACCAAAGCAGGUGGUGACUGGAAAAGGGCUCGUCCACUGAGGCAGUCUGCUUUUCACAUUCUGGAGCCUGUUGACCUCAAGAUGGCCUUUAGCAGAGCCAUGGUGGUCUCUGACAUGCGAAUGCCCAAGUUUAAGAUUUACGGUGAACUCCCGCUGCUCUCUUUGCAUAUCUCUGAUGAUAAAGUGCGUGGUGUGCUGGCAUUGCUCAGCAGCAUUCCACUUCCUGAGAGUCAUCCCACCCCACAGAUGAAAGCACCACAAGUUACACCCAAGGUGUCCAAACGAGGGAACACCCCUCAGCUCACCCCCCGAAGACCAGCCAUAGAUGACCUGCGUGCAUCCAUCAUGUACGGCUCAGAGGAGGAGUUGUUUUUCGAUGCUCCCAGUUCACCGACAGAAGAUUUACCAUUCUUUGAGGCUUCAUCAGACUCGCUGCUCAUUUCUGCCUCUGAAAAGCUGAAAGUGGUGCUGAAAGACCCCAAAAAGAAUAUGACCGAGUUCCUCCUGAAAUUUGAGAUCAACAAGCUUUCCAUUCAGCUGUGUCGCUUGUCCAAGGGGCAGGAAGUGACUGUUCUACAUCUGUUUAUCGAUGGUUUAGGGACUGAACUCAAACUCUGCACCUUUGAUAUGUCCUCAUACACCUUCCUCCGUGAGAUCUGCCUUGAGUGUUCAGAGUACUUGGAUUAUGAGGACAAGAAAGUAAACCUUAUCACCACUCUGGACAACACUGAAGAAGAUCUGCUUACUUUGGAAUAUAUCAAGGCUGACAAAAAUGCACCAGAUUUUAAAGCUGCAUAUAAAAACACAGAGCAGCUGAUCAAGGUGAAUUUCUCCUCAUUGGACGUGCACCUGCAUACUGAGCUACUCAACUCUAUCAAUUUCUUGAAUAACCUCCUCCCACCUCUGAAGAAGGAGGCGCAAGAGGUGCAGCCUGUCCUUCCAAAGGAGGAAGAUGGAGAGGAAGAGGAGGCAAAAAUAGAGGAGUCUUCUGUAACCAAGAAAUUCACCAGUAAGAAGUCAAAGUUUGAGGAUGUAGUGAAUUUGCACAUCAGAGCAGAUAUGAACUGUCUGAAGGUCUUUAUAAGAGGGGAGAAAGCCAGAAUCUCUGAGAUCAGCAUAGAAGGGCUGGUUUCUGAAGUUCAGAUGAUGAAGAAAUCAGUGGAGAUUCUAGCUAACCUGAAGAACAUUGUCAUUCUGGAUUGUGACAAAGAGGCUUUAUACAAAAAGGCAGUGUCCAUCGCUGACAAGGAGGUGUUUGAUUUUCGCAUGGUGAACUGUGUGGACGCCACAGAGGGGGACGCCUAUACGGACAUGCACAUUGUGGACACUAGUGUCACUCUGACUGUGGGCUGUAUUCAGGUGGUUUUCCUCAACAAGUUUGUGUCCUCGAUACUGGCAUUCAUUAAUAAUUUCCAGGAGGUUAAAAAUGCUUUGGCAGAGGUGACCGCUCAGGCAGCUGAGAAAGCAGCCACAGGUGUCCUGGAGCUGGCAGAGAGAAGCACUCGUAUCUCCCUGGACGUGAACAUCAAUGCUCCAGUUGUCUUUCUUCCACAAUCCUCUGUUUCUCACAAUGUCAUUGUGGCAGAUCUGGGUUUAGUGACUGUAAAGAACCACUUUGAGAUCGUCACCUCUCCAACACAUACGAAGAUCCCUCCAGUGAUGGACAUCAUGGCUUUGGGACUGAGUGAUCUGAAAAUGUACAGAACCACAUUCAGUGAUGGAAAAUUUAAAAGUGAGCUUCAGUUACUCAAACCAGUCAAUAUGGACCUGUCAAUCAAACGCAAUCUCUCUGCCUCCUGGUAUCACAGCAUCCCUGAUAUUCAGAUCAGUGCUCACCUCAAACCUAUGAGUCUGAUCUUGAGUCAAGAGGAUCUUACUAUAGUGUUGAAGACUCUGAAUGAGAAUUUGUCAGAAACUUCUGAUGCUCUUCCAUCUUCAUCCAGCUCUGAAAAAGAAGACACAGUCUCUACCAAAGAUUCACAGAGCUCUGGGGGUAACACUGUGGUGACCGCAGCAGUGGUGGAAGGCCAGAAAACAGGCAAACUGAAGACUACUCUAAAACUAAACUUCAAGUUUGACUCCAUGACCCUGGUUCUGUACAGCCCAGAUACCAAUGAGAUCCAUUUACCAGACUCCCAUGAUGAGAGUUUAAAGUUGGCAGAGUUCACACUGGGCACCAUUUCCACUGCAGUGCAUAUGUUCUCUGACAGCUCCAUGAAAGCUUCCGUCAAACUUACGAACGGCCUGCUGGACGACAAGAGACAUGGAGUCAAAAGGAUCACAUCCAGGAUGAUGGCGAUGCGUCAGGGCAGAGAAGACAAUGUGAUGGUGGAUGUGAGUUAUCGGCAAGGCCGUGACGGCACCAUUCUGGACACCUUGAUUCAGGACCUCUAUCUGUAUGCCAGCAUGGAGUUCCUUCUAACUGUAGCUGAUGUGUUUCGGAAAGCUAUGGCAGAUGGCUUCUCAGGUCCUCAAAAGAGCAACAAACAGCCAGCCAGUUCCUCUAAAGACACAGCAGCUCCCGCUCCACCAGUGGUUGCUAAGACUGAGAUGAACGUUGUGGUGAAAGAUCCUGAGAUUGUGUUUGUGGCCGACCUCACACGGGCUGAAGCUCCAGCCCUCGUCAUGACGACGCAGUGUGAGCUGACGAUGAAGAGCGAGCCCAGCGGUCAGACGAUGACAGCAGCCAUUUCCGACCUGAAGGUGGUGGCGUGUCCGUUCCUAAGAGAGAAGCGUGAGAGCAACAUGACGACUGUGCUGCAGCCCUGUCAGGUGUUCUUCCAGAGCAGCCAAUUAACUUCUCAGCCUCAAAACAUCGAGCUCUCCAUCAGCUCCCUCACACUUAAGGUGUCUCCCAUCAUCAUAAACACAGUCAUGACCAUUCAGUCAGCACUGAGCCCUGCAGCUGAGACCCCUGAGGAGCUGAAGAGCCCUGUUUCACAGGAUCUGUGGGAACAUCGCAGCCUAAAAGAUUUGAAGCUCUGGUUCCUCGAGGAGGAAGGAGAGGAAGUCACCCAGUCCAUAACUCCACUCAUCCCUCAAGGAGAGUCUUUCAAAAUCAAUAUCCAGUCCAUCUGUGUGACGCUAGAGGCCGGGGUGGGUCAUCGCACAGUGCCCAUGCUGCUGGCUAAAGCCUUAUUCCAAGGAGAUGUGAAGAACUGGAGCACUCUCAUUAACCUUCACUGUCACCUGGACAUGGAGAUUAAUUAUUAUAAUGAGAUGAUGGGUUUAUGGGAGCCGCUGCUGGAGCCACUGGACGAUGAGGCCAAAGAUGGCUUUAGACCCUGGACACUGGCGCUUAAGAUGAAGAAGAAACCAGUAGUGUCUUCUGGGAUAUCUGAUGAGGUGGAUGGCAGUGUGCCUGAAUAUAAAACGGUCAUCAGCAUCACAAGCAAAGACCAGCUCAACAUCACUCUCUCGAAGUGUGGCCUACACAUGCUCAGUAAUCUAGGAACGGCAUUUGCAGAGGCCACUAAGCAGACAGCAGAGUGCUUUCAGACGGAUCAGUCUCCGUUUGUGGUAAAGAAUCGUUUGGGUUUGGCUGUGUCGGUGCUGCACAGCGAGGUGUUUAGACCCAUCGGUAAAGAGUCUACACAGCAUGUGGUGGAGCUCAAGGAUGGAGAGAGUCUGAAUAUGGACUACACCCUCACAGCAGAGUCCACUGACCAGUUCUCUGCCAUGACCAGCCUCAGUACCAAAAACUACAUAAAGCCCACUCCAGUUGGUCACACUGCUGCAAGUGUCAUCCCACUAAUCAAAACAGGGCUGGGCAUGUACAGCGUCAUGCACCAAGAGUCAGGCGUCACACGCUUCAUUGUCUGUCAGAUUUACACCGUCGAGGGGAGCAAAUAUGUCAAGAUCCGCUCUCCUUUCCAGAUUAUCAAUCACUUCUCAGUGCCGUUUCAAGUUUAUGAGGGUUCAGUGUGCCUGGGCGUCUCUCUGCCUACAGAAGAGUUCUGCGUGCCACUGGGCUCGUACAGAGCUGAACUAAGCCUGCAGCCUUUAGCUGAAGGCGAUGACGAGUACAAGCACUCUGAGGGGUUCACUUAUAAUGAGGUGAUUCAGAAACCUGGAGAGUGUCUGGAGAAGACCUGCUAUCACAGAGACAGCCCUCAGAUGAUGAAGAUCAACAUGGUUCCUCUUCCAGACUCUGAGAUGUCACACAGCACUAAGGAGGAGUUUGACAAGCCCUUUGUUCUGCACCUGUGGCCCUGCGUUCUCCUCCGCAACCUGCUACCGUACCCCAUCACCUUCAAGUUACAGGGCAGUGGAGAUUCUCCCCCCUCUGUACUAAAAGAGGGCCACUCCUCCCAGAUCCACACAGCUGUCAUGAAUUUUUCCAUCCUGGAGUUGAAGCUCCUGGGAUAUCUGCAGCAGGACUGGGAAGCCCAGUUCAGUCUCUGCAGCGACCAUGACGAAAUCAGCUUCAUCAAAUUCCACUCGCUGCCAUUGGAUGAGGAGACUGAGGCAAGGGCAGAGCUAGACAUUUCUGUCCAUGUUAAGAAGGAGGGGCAAAUGGUCGUGGCCAUCCACUCGCCCUACUGGAUGGUGAACAAGACCGGCAGACUGCUGCAGUAUAAGGCAGACGAUAUUCAUCGGAAACACCCAAAAGAUUACGACAUGCCCCUCCUCUUCUCCUUCAAACCACGCAACUUCCUGCAGAACAACAAGGUCCGCUUAAUGAUCUCGGACAGUGAAUUAUCGGAUGAUUUCUCCAUUGACACUGUUGGCCAUAAUGGUCGAGUCAGAUGCAAAGGGAAGCAAAAGGAUUAUCUGGUGGGGGUGAAGAUCAAUGCAAGCAGCUUCAGUUUGACACGUCUGGUGACUUUCCUGCCUUUCUGCAUGCUGGUGAACAGAACCAAACAUGUGAUCCAUGUCUGUGAGGAGGGUCAGGAGUACUGGACAGAAGCCCGACCCGGACAGGCUGCCAUUCCGUUCUGGCCAGAGAGAGACUCAAAGAAACUUCGAAUGACAGUUGAAGGCUGUCAAUCAUCUCCAAGAGCCUUUGACUUCCACCAACCAGAGAACUGCCUCUUACUGCACUUGGACAAAACUCUGGGUGGUAUUAUUGUGGACGUAAAUCUGACAGAACAUUCUGUUGUGAUCCGGUUCUCUGAUUAUUAUGACGGAGCAGCUCCGUUCCUUCUCAUCAACCACACAGAGGAGAUGCUUCAGUUUCACCAGAGCUCUCAAACAGAAAUCGAUGAGCUGGGUUCAGGUAAGGCAGUGUAUUACACAUGGACUGAGCCCACUGGCUCACGAAUCCUCAGCUGGAAAUGGGGCCAGUUCAGAGGAGAGCUCAAAAGUGAAGAGGACAAGACGGAUGUGGGCGAGAAAGGACUUUUUGUAAUCACAUUUUACGAAGGCCUCCAACGUGUAGCGCUGUUCACUACAAAUCGCAGUGUUUACAAGCUGAUUUGUGAGAGUGAGAAAAUGGAGCUGGCUCAACAGGAAAUCAGUAUCUCAUUACAGAACAUGGGCAUUUCACUGGUCAACAACACCACCAGCCAGGAAGUGGCUUUCAUUGGCAUCACAAGUUCUGAUGUUGUGUGGGAAACCAAGCCUAAGAAUCGCAGCCGCUGGAAGGUUUUGAGUGGUAAAGAGGCUGCAAUGUUGGAGCAGUGCUACAGAGAUUAUAUGGACAGUAGUUUGGUGGACAACAUCAUCACUGACCUAGAGAACGAAUACCAGGUGUUGUUUGCUACUAAUGGGGUGGACAUGAGAAUGUUGCAGCCUUAUGACGCUCCUCUCAGGAGGAACUUCCUGCCCGCAUUAAAGGUGGAGUACAGUGUUUCCGCCCGACAGAAAGCUUACAGAGUCCAGAUCAACAGGAUUCAGAUCCAAAAUCAGUUGCCUGGAGCGAUCUUCCCAUUUGUGUUCUACCCCAUCAAACCACCCAAGUCAGUCAGCAUGGACUCAGAGCCAAAACCGCUUGCUGAUGUCAGCAUCAUCACCAGAGCAGCCGGACACUCUGACAUUCUGCGCAUCAAGUAUUUUAUGGUGUUGAUUCAGGAGAUGGACCUGCGAAUGGAUCUUGGGUUUCUGUAUGCCAUACUUGAGAUCUUCACUGACGAACACACAAGUGCUGUCACAUCUGAACAGGAGGUGGAGUCGUUUGUGAAGGACAUUGAGUAUCUGAAGACUGAACUGAAUCAUGUGUCUACGACAGAUAACUCCCCCAUCAGCCUGUACGAGUACCUCCACAUCUCUCCAAUAAAGCUUCAUCUGAGUUUAUCUCUGAGCACUGGAGGUGAAGAUGCGAAUAAAAAAGAGAGAGAGACUGAGAUAAUUCCUGUUCAGUCUCUCAACCUGCUGCUGAAGAGUAUUGGAGCUACACUCACUGAUGCUCAGGAUGUCCUCUUCAAGCUUGGCUUCUUUGAGUUGAGGUAUCAGUUUUGCACCACCCAACAGCUGCAGUGGGAGGUGAUCCGGCAUUACUCCAAACAGGCUAUCAGGCAGAUGUAUGCUCUGGUUUUGGGUUUAGAUGUCAUUGGGAAUCCAUAUUUACUGAUCCGUGGUCUGUCUGAAGGAGUUGAGGCCUUCUUUUAUGAGCCAUAUCAGGGUGCUAUACAGGGACCAGAAGAGUUUGUGGAGGGGAUGGCACUUGGUGUGAAGGCUCUGGUUGGAGGGGCUGUUGGUGGUCUGGCAGGCGCGGCUUCUCGAAUCACAGGAGCGAUGGCUAAAGGUGUAGCUGCCAUGACCAUGGAUGAGGAGUAUCAGCAGAAGAGAAGAGAGGCCAUGAACAAACAGCCCAGUGGGCUGAGAGAAGGGCUGACGCGGGGAGGGAAAGGCCUUGUGUCUGGGUUUGUGAGUGGCAUCACCGGUAUUGUGACCAAACCCAUUAAAGGAGCUCAGAAGGAAGGAGCCGCUGGUUUCUUUAAGGGUGUUGGAAAGGGUUUGGUCGGAGCUCUGACCAGACCAACAGGGGGCAUCAUUGACAUGGCCAGCAGCACCUUUCAAGGCAUCAAACGAGCUGCAGAGACUACUCAGGAUGUGACAAGUUUGCGUCCACCUCGCUUCAUUCAUGAGGACGGAGUCAUUCGGCCAUAUAAGGAGAGAGAGGGCAUUGGCAGCCAGAUGCUACAGAGUGUUGAAAAUGGACGGUUUGCCAAAUACAGAUACUUUGCUCAUGCUAAGGUGAACGAAUCUGAUUUCCUGAUGAUCACAAAAAGGGGAAUUUUUUUUGUGACUAAGGGCACAUUUGGGCAGCUGACGUGUGAGUGGCAGUAUCUCUUUGACGAGUUUACCAAAGAGCCCAUGGUUGUGGAGGGCAGAAGAUUACGAAUAGAAGCAAAGGAAAGAGUUAAAUCAGUGUUUCACGCCAAAGAGUUUGGGAAGAUCAUCAACUUCAGAACUCCUGAAUUAGCAAAGUGGGUUCUUGCCAAGCUUGAAGAUGCCAGGGAAAGUUUACCGAAAUAACCUUUGCCUGGAUGGUUAGAACGAUAUACAAUGCUCCUGUGCACUGGUGUAUGCCUUUAUGCAACAGUCAUUCACUUCACACUGAAUACCACAGCAGUAAAAUGACUGUUAGACUGCGUACUUUUCCAUUACCACUCGUGGUCUUUAAUCUGUAGAAUCGCUUAUUUGCAUGAACACCAAAACUCAUUUACAUGUUACGCCCUUUACAGUGGGCCUCUACAAACAGAUCAAUGACUCUAACCAUGUCUCUUAAAGGAUCAGUUCACCCUAAAAUAAAAAUUCUGUCAUCAUUUUCUCACCCUCAAGGCGUUCCAAACCUGUAUGACCUCAUUUUGUUUUUCUGUGGAAGAAAUGUUGAAGACUGUUUGCGCUCCCGCCAUACAACGAGAGUGGAUAAGGAGGUUGUCAGUCCCUAACAUCUACUUUUCAAGACAGUCAUAUGGGUUUGGAACAACAUGAGGGUGAGUAAAUGAUGACAGAAAUGCAUUUUUGGGAGUACUAUCCUUUUAACCAAAUGUCUUGAAGUCACAGUAAACAAGUCUAAAUUAAGGUGUCAUUUUAUAAAUGUAUUAAUAAAGACCAAUACACUGUACAGCUAUGUAUUUUAUUUGUCAUUACAAAAUAGGGAACAUGUUUGUGGCAUUUAAAAAUAAUGACCAGGAAAAACAAAUCUCUUAUGUUUAACAGAGCAGGGAUAUUUAUUUUACAUGUGGUAUUUGCAUGAAACAUUAUUUUGUUUCUGUGUCUAUAUUUAUUUAACAUCUAAAGCUUUGUUUUAGUACUACAGCAAAUACUCAAUGGCUUUCGAAAUGCUUUCUGAGUCACUAUGCAGCCAGUAUUGACACACCUCAUUGCUUUACUGAAAAAAGGCGUUAACAAUGUAAAUACGCAACUGUUUAUUUGUAACUCUGUUGCUGUCCUUUUUCUUAAAUAUUAAUCAAUGAAAUCUUAAAGGGCAAAAGGAUAUCAUGAUAAUAAUUGCAUCAUUCAUGUAAUUUUUAACUGUAAAU